AUGCUGGCAAUGAUACACGCAUUUCAUUGGUUCCCACGGAGCCACAUCUGGCAACAGUAUGGACCGAACUGUCGAAUUAGACAUGAGCAUGAACUGGAUCGUUACGAGAGACAGAUUAUAGGUUGUAGAAUGGGAGGGGAUGGUCAGCUGGGCGUGACCGGAUGUGACAUAGAAAAGGGGAGGGCAACAUACCAUUGGAAGCAUGUUAGGAGAUCUUUCUUGCGCUCUCAGGAGAUUGUGCUUAUCAACGAUCCUCUUCACGUCGCUACUAGAUGGAACCUCUGCGUAGCUGGCUACGAAGGAUCCGACCACCAGGAACCUGAAGAGUAA